UGGAGAUUCCCUGGUUCGUGAUAGCAUAGCAACAAUGUCCGGAGCGGUGUGUUUUUUAACCCUUGUGUAAUUAUUGUCAAUUUAUGCAUUGAUAACUACUUUAUUUUCGUUUUUUCACGACUUUUUUUAAAACACAAUCGAUUUUAAUGCAUAGUUAUUUCCAGUAGUAAUGUGUUGUGAACUAUAAGAAAAUUGCGGAGGACAGUAACGGAGUUUGUUACUUGAUGCCGUGGCCAUUCAUAUUUUGUCAAUUUAUUACAAGAUUUAGGAGUGUGUGAACCUCUGCCGUACUAUUACGGUACUGUGAUAGUGUUAAAAAAUGGACACGAAAAACAAAUCCAUAGGAAACGGUGGUAGUGAUGCGGAGAAGAUAAAAAUAAAAAUGGCUUUGAGUGGUAUCUUCCGAAGACGUAAAAAAGGAGAUGAGGAAUUGAUGCAGCUCCUGACGAUAGAGAAGAAUUGUUUGUUCAAAAAAUCAGACAGUGUUGUGUCCUUUUUGAUUUCGCGACAGAUCCUUUAUCCGAUCUCAAAGGAAAGGAAAUCAAAAGGGCUGCCCUCCAAGAAAUGGUCGAAUAUGUUACACAGCAGAAAGGCGCAAUCACCGAGACUAUAUAUUGUGAGGCUGUAAAUAUGUUUGCUGUGAAUCUUUUUCGAACGUUGCCGCCCUCCUCCAACCCUAAUGGAGCCGAAUUUGACCCAGAAGAAGAUGAGCCCACCCUAGAAGCUGCCUGGUCGCACCUCCAGCUAGUCUACGAGUUAUUCCUCAGAGUAUUAGAAGCACCAGAUUUCCAGCCCAAUGUCGCUAAAAGAUAUAUAGACCAAAAAUUCGUGUUGCAGCUGUUGGAUUUGUUCGAUUCGGAAGAUCCUCGAGAAAGAGAUCUACUGAAGACAACUCUUCAUAGAAUUUAUGGCAAAUUUUUGGGUCUGAGAGCUUUUAUUCGUAAACAAAUAAACAAUGUAUUUUAUAGGUUUAUAUAUGAGACUGAACACCACAACGGUAUAGCAGAGCUUUUAGAAAUCCUGGGAUCCAUUAUCAACGGGUUUGCUUUGCCCUUGAAGGAAGAGCACAAGGUAUUUCUCUUGAGAGUUUUAAUGCCCUUACACAAGGUGAAGAGCUUAUCAGUAUACCAUCCCCAAUUGGCCUAUUGCGUAGUCCAAUUUCUAGAGAAAGAUCCGUCUCUUACACAACCAGUCAUGAGGAGCUUACUAAAGUAUUGGCCAAAAACGCACAGUCCCAAAGAGGUCAUGUUCCUGAAUGAACUAGAAGAAAUCUUAGAUGUGAUCGAACCGGCUGAAUUCCAGAAAGUUAUGCUCCCUCUGUUCAGACAGUUGGCUAAAUGUGUGAGUUCGCCUCAUUUUCAAGUAGCCGAAAGGGCCUUGUACUAUUGGAAUAACGAGUAUGUGAUGUCAUUGGUAUCGGAGAAUGCUGCUGAGAUUCUGCCCAUUAUGUUUCCGAGCCUGUACAGAAAUUCAAAGAGCCAUUGGAAUAAAACUAUACAUGGCCUCAUUUAUAAUGCUUUGAAGUUGUUCAUGGAGAUGAAUCAAAAGUUAUUUGAUGAGUGCACGCAACAGUAUCGACAAGAAAGACAAAAAGAAAGAGAGAGAGAACAUCUCCGGCAAGAAUUAUGGAGCAAAGUUGAAAUUUUGGCGUCUCGCAAACCAGAAUAUGAGAUUGUCCAUUCAAGAAAUUGCAACAUUAACGAUAUGAUUACUAGCCCUGAUCCCGACGAUGAGAUUUCUUUAGAUAAUUUAGAUAAGGAGGCACUAGAGAUUAAGAAGGCACGCAACUCUACAAAACCUCUGAUACGUCGUAAAUCUGAAUUGCCUCAAGAUCAGUACACCAUGAGAGCACUCUCUGAUCACAAAAGAGCAGACGAAUUCCUAGUGACGCCACCUGAUGUCAACAAGUGCUAGUCUCUUCUUACACCUAACGAGCUUAGUGCCAACAUAUUCACCACUACACCCUUAUUUUUAGCAAUCAUAAGAAAAUCGAGGUUUGGCUGCAUGUAUAUUUAUUUAUUUCAAGUUAGGAACUGUCCUUCAGUUACAGAGGGGUUUUGUAUAUAGUUUUACAAACGGCAAAGGGUUUUUCAUUAUUGAAGAAAGUUGUGAACGGAAUCGAAUGUUGUAUCUGAUUGUGUAUUGUUACGUUUUAAAGUAUUUUUUGUCAAUAAAUAUUUGAAGAGCAA